AUGCGCUCAGAUUUUUUAUUUAAACUGCCGUUUUGUAAUUCAUCUACUUUAAAAAAGAUUAUUCCCAAUGCUUUACUUUUUGGCACCUUUUAUAAAAAUUCUAUGGUUGAUAAAAGUCUAAUAGAAAAUAUUUGUAAAAGUGCUGUAGUCUUGUCUGUUUAUCCUAUACAGAAAAAUAAAAAGGCUUGUUUAGAUAAAUACGAAGGAAUUAUAAAAGAUUAUAACUUUUGGUAUCUUACACUAGUUAAAAAGAAUUCUAUUGUCUACAUUCCUACAUUCAAAAUUUAUAAUAUGAAUAUUGAAAUUUUUAAUUAA